AUGUCCAAGCUCAGCGCUUUAUUCGUGCUCAGCUGCCUGCUGGCCUUUGCCUUGGCUGUGCCGGAGCCACGCCAGCUGCGUCAACAGCAGCAACAGCUGCGUCAGCAAUUGCAGCACUUGCAACAUCCGUAUCUCUUCUUGAGCGUGCCACGUGGACGCGCCAAUGCUGGCGCCGUAGUUCAAGGCUUUGAGAUUGUCGAAGAGAACGAAGAUGACAUCGACCAUCUUGGCAACGAUGAUGACGAUGACGAAGACGAUGACGCUGCUGUGCAGCAUGACGAUGAUGAGGACGAACACGAAGCGCACUUGCAACGUGGCUUGAGCUUGGCACGCAAUGGUCAACUGGUGCUGCUUAAGAACGACGCCGAACAGGACGAUGACGACGAUGACGAACAGGACGAUGACGAACAGGACAACGCUGCCCCACAGCUGCCUUUGCCCACGCAAAUGAUGGUGGCCAGAGAUCAGGCCGGUGCCAUCAUGGUGCCCGAUGGCAUCGUCGAGAUCGAGGGUCAGAGCAUUGUCGAUGAGAAGACGGGCAAGGCAGCGUUGCUCGUGCCACGUGCCGCACUCGAUGCCAUUCCCGAUGGCGCCGUUGUGGCGCUCAUGGAGCGCAGCAGCGCCACCGAUGCUUUGGCCGCCGUCGGCGAGGAGCGCGCCAAUCGUGUGAUUGUGCGUCGCCGCAAGAACGCCGGCCGUCGCAACGUUGUCCGUCGUCGUCGCGGCGGUCGCCGUCCGGUGCAGCGUCGUCGCCGUGGCGGACAGCGUCGUCGUGGUGGCAACAACAGGCGUCGCAAUGUCCGUGUCGUGCGUCCCAAUGGCAAUCGCAGACGCGGCAACGUCCAGCGUCGUCGCGGUGGUCAGGUCAUGUUCCAGGGUUAA